AAGCAAUUUUCCCCCAUCACUCACACGCUACAACAGAUUAUGGCUACUGCGGAAGAAAUGGAAAGGAAGUUCGCGGCGAACUUCCUGGAAGGAGAAGACUACCCUAGAGACAGAGAUUCGACCGAGCUCGCACGAGCGAGAGCGGAGUUGGCUGCUUUGCAGAAUAAGUUUGAAAACAUGGGGUUUGUAUCAGGACCUGUUACCUAUAUGGAACAGAUAGGCCCCAAACGGGUAAUCCUAAGCGAGACUCCGAGCAUCUCUGCUCCUAUGACGCCCCCACCCGUCAGGACAUUACCCCCUCCGCCGGUUGAGGCUCCUAUACGAUCAAACGAAUCGGCGGCCAUUUUCGAACUAACCAAAACUUUGAUUAGUUUGAUCCAAGAAAGCAAAAAGGAGCAACUAGAGCACAAUGCUCGGUUGGAAGCCAUGAUGAGGAACAUGCGACCCAUUGCGGUGGGUGCCCCUCUGAUGCAACAAGGAUUAGCCCCAGCCCCUGCUCUCGGGGGAGCUGCGAACAAUCUGAAUGUCUGCUACGCCUGUCAUCAGCCCGGACAUCUAGCCCGUGAUUGCCCCCAUCGACCCCCACAACAACGGAUCGGAGCCGCACCUAUGGCUGCAGCUCCCAUCGCCAACGGACCUGGACGAGUCGGAGCCCUGAUGGAAGAAAUAGAGGGUGGGGGAAUUGCCCUGGCUACCUCGGAAGAGGCCGCCGAGCUAAUCCCGCUAGACCAGUACGUAUCGCUAGGAUAUCCUGGGCUUGGAAUGAUCGGAAUAAUCCGACCAGCACCGGAACCGAAAGAGGUGGCGGAAUGGCGACCGUCCCUAGGAGAAAUGGAAUCGGGAGGACCCACCUUCGUCACAGGGGAGAUCGGUUGGAUUCGGUGUCCGAUGGGGAUUUGCAAUGCGCCUGCCACGUUUCAGCGAGCGAUGAACAUGACGUUCCAGAACUUCGUCAGCAAGACACGGCUGACACAAGGAAUGAUUAACUUCUGUGUGAUCGUGUACAUGGACGACAUCCUGGUCUAUUCGGAAACCUAUCACGGGCACGCGCAACACAUCGAAUGGACAUUGGGUGCAUUGAGAGACGCUGGGUUCAAGAUUGCGCUUGAGAAGAGCGAAUUUUUCCUCUCGGAAAUUUCGUUCUUGGGCUAUGUCGUGACACGUGGAGGAUUGCGGCCAGAUUCGAGAAAAGUUGCGGCGGUGAAGGAAGCUCCGGUUCCUACGUCGUUGACGCAGGUUCGAGCCUUCUUGGGACUGGCGUCGUACUACCGGCGCUUCAUCAAGGGCUUUGCCGCGAUUGCACGACCACUAACGAAUCUGUUACGGAAGGACCAGCCUCUCAGCUGGGACGCGGAGUGCCAGCAGGCCUUUGCGACCCUCAAGGACGCUCUGGCAACAACCCCUAUUUUGAUUCGGCCGGACCCCUCGAAGCAAUUCAUUCUCAUCAUGGACUGGCAACCGGAGGCUAUUUCCGCUAUUCUAGCGCAGAAGGGGGACGAUGGGCGUGAACACGUCAUCGAAUACGUGUCGCGCACCGUACCAGACGAACGAAGAAACGACUCCGCACCUCAAGGCGAAUGCUACACAGUAGUCUGGGGAAUCCAACACUUCCAUCCGUAUCUCUACGGACAGAAGUUUCGCCUCAUGACGGAUCACAAACCCUUGUUGGCGUUGAAGAAACUCACCAACUACACGGGCAUGAUUGGCCGAUGGGCGGUGCGACUGCAAGAAUACGACUUCGAUAUUGUCCAUCGAAAGACAGAGCGACACGGCAACGCGGACGGGCUGACACGUCUGCAUCGACCUGCCAAGUCCGAUAUCCAUCCUCACCUUUCCUACUAUCUAAAGCCCCUUGCUGUCCCCGAUAUCCAUCCUCCCCAUUGGGUCCUGUGGCGCGAAGACUUCAUCGAGCUUUCAUUGUGCUUGGUUGAGGUAUGGCUGACGUGGAUCGAGGACGAAGCGCACCCGCCUUGCAUAGAGCGCCUAGAGUUGCUGUUCAUCCAGGCCUGGCGAACCAACGUGGAGGGAGAGCUCCUCGCAUUUCUAUUCGGUACAGUGUGGCCCGGUCAUCAGAAACUCAUCAUGCAAGAGCUCACGAUCCCGGUAGCGCAGCUGGCGGAUGAUCUCCCCCUCGACAUCAUCUCGCAAGAUGACGAGCAUCCAAUUCGCCAUGUACUUUCUCGCGCAUUGACGCCCUAUCUUCAGUGGUCGGCUUGUGUAGAGGGAGCCGCAGAGCGCAUCCCGUCGUCGCAGCAACAAUAUCUGGAUCCCCGGACGGCUCGCGAUCGUGCCUUCUUCAGGCAUCCUACGGCGGAGAAGCUUGCGGCCAUUCGAAAAGAAGAGGAGGAGGAAGAGAGUACCGGGAGUGACGAAGACGGCGACGGACGGGAAGAAGGUGGGAAUAGCGACGAAGAGCUCGGGGAAGAAGACGAAACCCCCGAAGAAGGAAGCUAUAGCGAGCAUAGCGAGGGGGAACAGAGCGAAGAAGAAGAAGAAAGCGAGGAAGGAGAAGAGGAGCACGACGAAGAGCCUGCUGGAUCGGAGUGGGAAGCCGUGCCAGAAGAAGCGCUGUGUACGGGUACGGAGGCUGAGGAUCCCGAGGCGGCCCGCAAAAAAGGAGAGAUCGCGGUCGGGAAGAAGGAGUUGGAAUUCACAAGCGCGGAGAGUCUGCGCAUCCACGACAACCCAAGCCGGGAUCCGGAGCCGCCCCGGCCUGAAGAUGGCGACCUCACAGCCACGACUCCUACCCCAUCACCCCGGCGACGGAGCCGAUCCCCCUCCUCCUCAACCCGUCCCCCAGUUCCCCGAUGUACCGAUACGGGCGAUCGACCUUCAUUCCCGAUCACUCUCUCGCCGUCCCCUUGACUAUCUCGCCCUCCGCCAGCUCACCACUC